AUCGUCAACUAUAUAAAAGCUGUUGUAUGUUUCCAUGUUUCAUUUUCAAAAAUGGGACUGAGCUGCGGAUACAGAUGCUUGCAAAUCCUCCUGAUCAUAUUCAACAUUGGAGUUUUUAUAUGUGGCAUUGGGCUCAUUGGAGCAGGUGCAUAUGCACUCAGCUCCGUUGUUAAUCACUGGAAAGAAGUAGAACGUCCUCUUCAAUAUCUCAUAAUCUUUGUCAUCGUACUGGGAUGCAUUAUUUUCCUACUCGGAGCACUAGGAAUGUGUGGCGCAUGCACGAAAAAUGUUUGUCUUUUAACAACGUAUUGUAUCCUCCUUGUGAUUUUGAUCAUUGCCCAGAUAGCUGCUGGAAUAAUCGCAAUUAUGCAUAAGCCAAAGAUUAAACAUGAAAUUUCUGAUGCCUUGAGUUCACUUGUAAAACGCUUCAAUACUGAUGAAAAUGUAAAUAUAGUCUUGAACGAAAUUCAGCAUAAGUUGAGAUGUUGCGGUGCCAAAUCACACAGUGACUAUGGAAAUAAGCCACCAAGAUCAUGUUAUGAUGGUGAAGUGUUAUUUGGAGAGGUAAGGUAUUUUCAAUUUUUGUUUUUUCUAAAGUAAUAAUUUUCACUGUUUACGACACAAAUGAAAGUAUUAUUAAGUUACUAGAGUGAAAAUGUCGCAUUUUUAUGAGCCUCACACUUCUAUAGUGUUCAUUUGAUUAACUAACUUUGGUAAACACAAACGUUUGAACACUGGAAGCGCUCCCGUUUCUUUUUAAAUCAGCAUUUAUUUAGUCGCGCGAAGUGAAUAUUUCAAUUUAUAAAAUGAAACAAGUUCAUGAAAUAAACGCGUAUAAGGUGAACCACAGAAAUAACCAUACAGAGAAGAGUCAGAUGAACACAUAGUUUGAAAUAACCGGCUUGUAAGUAAUUGUGCUCAUUCUCAAGAGAAUAGGUAUUAACGAGAUGGAAUAGUGCUACAGGUGAGCAGUAUGGAUACUGUAUAAAGCAUUCGGAUCUUAUUAUUUCAAUUAGCUUUGAGUGGUACAGAUUUACUGAAGAAAAGGAAUUAAAACCCCUAAACUGUUGAAUACAACUUACCUCCCCGUUCUGUUACUUCUUCUCGAAAAUAAGUCGUGAGAAUUGCGACCUAAUAUAUAUAUAUAUAAUUUUCACAUGUCAUCAAUAAGUGGCAGUAAGAUACCUUAACUGACUUCAAAAUGUGAAAGGAUAAAAUAAGUAAAGCUUUCGCAAAUAAUUCUACGAGUAGCAGAAUAUUCUGAUAAGCUAUGCUGUGACCGGCUCCUUAGACUAAAUGGGUUAAGAACCUAGACAUAAGACAAACUGAAAUAUCUGCUUUCUGUUACAGAUCAGGUGGUAUACAGUGCAAGUGAGGGAACUCGGAAGUCACCCAUUGCUCACCUCAUCUAAUUUUGUAAUAUAAUACAACGGUUGCUUAACUGUUAGCUAAGUACAAGGGAUCAUUCACUUUCAAUUAAUUCUCUUUUCAGGGAUGUGUUCAAAGGCUUAGUGAAUUGGCUAAAAAGAAUAUGAAUGCCAUCAUAGUAUGCGUAUUCGUUUUUGCAUUCCUACAAGCAAUCUGCCUAAUAUUCGCCAUCUGUGUUCUUAUGGCAAUAAAACGAGGUGAUGAUGAUUGAGUUCAAACAGCGAAGGUGGAUAUACAGCCUGUAAACAGCAAGUAAAGAGAGUGAGAAAGAGAACUUGAAAUAAAGCAAAACAUUAACGUAUAUAACUUGAAUUAUAAUGCACCUUUCUAAUUCAUCUACAUUGUUUAUACUCUCCUUGGAUUUACAUUCUAAAAAUCUUUCAUACUAGAAAGUCUUUUUCAAUAAUCCGUGUAACAUUACUAAUUCUGUCUAUAUGUUUAAUUACAUAGCAUUAAAACUUUGUUUAUCUAUGUGACUGUCUGUUUCUAUCUUGAAUGUAUACUGAGAUCUGUUGAAGUUUGAAAUAAAAAAUAAAAUUGAAACCAUCUUCCCGAGUGUUUCAACUGUCAGAUUUACAACACAAAUUGUUUAUUAGAAGGU